AUGGGUUCAGACUCUCCCAAAGCCCGCUGGGCCGCCCUCGCCCGCGAUACCAACGAAACCAAGAUCCAGCUCGCUAUCAACAUUGACGGCGGCUCCUUCCCCCCAGAUACAGACUCUCGCCUGCUCUCCAAAGAGGACGCCCACGCGAGCCAGUCCAGCAAGUCGCAAACCAUUGCCGUAAACACCGGAAUCGGCUUUCUCGACCACAUGCUGCAUGCCCUCGCCAAACACGCUGGAUGGAGUCUGGCCAUUAACUGCCAGGGCGACCUGCACAUCGACGAUCACCACACGGCGGAAGACGUUUGCAUCGCCCUAGGAUAUGCCUUUGCCCAAGCUCUCGGAUCCGCCUCCGGUCUCGCACGAUUCGGCUCCGCAUAUGCACCGCUCGACGAGGCUCUGUCUCGCGCCGUGGUCGACCUGUCAAACCGCCCCUUUGCAGUCGUCGAGCUCGGCCUGAAGCGAGAGAAGAUCGGCGACCUGAGCUGCGAGAUGAUCCCCCAUUGCCUGCAGAGCUUUGCGCAGGGCGCAAGGAUCACCAUACACGUCGACUGUCUCCGGGGUUUCAACGACCACCACAGAGCCGAGAGCGCCUUCAAGGCCCUUGCCGUCGCCACUAAGAUGGCCACCAGCAGGGUCGCCGGCAAGGAGGGCGAGGUACCCAGCACGAAAGGAACCUUGAGUGUAUAG